AAGAAUCUUGGUGCCAAAUAUGAAGUCAACAAGAAAGCAUGGAUGACAAGCGAAAUUUUUGAACAUUGGAUAAAGUCUCUAAAUACUAUCAAUCAUCUCAAAUGCAAAAAAAUUCUUGUCUUGGUUGAUAAUACCACUUCUCACAUAGUUAAUGAGGAAUUAGAACAUGUAAAAGUUCAUUUUCUAUCACCUAACACUACUCCUUAUUUACAACUAUGUGAUGCUGGAAUAAUAAACUCAUUUAAAUCUUAUUAUCAAAAGUUAUAUCUUCAAAGUAUUUUGAAAGCCAUGGAUAUUGGAGAACAAAUACCUCGUCUCAACAUCAAGGAAGCAAUUAGAUUUACUUCAGAAGCAUGGAGAAAUGUAACUUCCCAGACGAUUGUUAAUUGCUGGCGAAAAACCAAAAUAGUACCAUUAAUCGAGUGGAAUUGA